AUGCGGGCGGGACGUAGAGCGGCGCGCGGGGGUGACGUCACGAGGGCAAGGAGGGCGAUGCUGGCGGCGGAGGUGGCGGGGCGCGCGCGAGCGCUCGUGGGGCGGGCGGGGCCGCGCGCCAUGGUGGCUGGCCUGGGCAACUAUGGGCUGUGGGGCACACGGCACAGUGUGGGCAUGGAGGUGCUGGACCGGCUGGCCCGGCAGCUGGCGGUGGCUGAGGGCUGGCGAGUGGACAAGCGGUGCUGUGCUGAUGUGGCCCUGGCCACAGCCCACGGCCUGGAGCUGGUGCUGCUCAAGCCACGGAGAUUCAUGAACCUCAAUGGGCUCAGCGUCGCCAGUGCUGCUGAGAUCUACAGUCUUGGCCCUGAAGAUAUUUACUUGGUUCACGACGACCUGGACAAGGCCCUGGGCAAGGUGGCAAUCAAGCUAGGAGGCAGCGCAAGGGGACACAACGGAGUCCAAUCCUGCAUCAGUGCUUUGCACUCUAGUGAGAUGACCCGGCUCAGGAUCGGCAUCGGGCGGCCAGAGGGUGAUGUGACAGUGUCCAGCUAUGUCCUGUCUCCAUUCACUGCUGGGGAGCGGGAGAAGCUGGAGCAGAUCCUGGUCCAGGCAGUGACCUGCCUGCUGGAGCACAUCCAGAGCCGAGUGCCUACAGAGCCAGGGGACAGGGGCUGACACAAACCCCCGGGGACCCUUGUGGCUGAUGGAUGAGGGUGCUGCAGGCGCUCUGGAGUGACCGUGGUGCAGAGCAGAGCUCGCCCAGAUGGGCAGCCUGGCUGGGCGCUGGGGCAACCUCCUUCCCUACACCAGUCCAGGCAGUUCAUGUCCCACUUGCAUCCCUGCAGAGGCUCCAUACCUCAGUUUGGCACAGAAAUUAAAUAAA